UUAGAAAUAGUAAUCCAAGAUGGCUUCCUUGUGACCACUAUUGAAGGAUUUUAAUGGGUUUUUCAUGUUUACAUGUGGUUGAUUCGCUCCAGAUUUCAUAAUGGGAGGAAAAGAUAAACAAAGAACUAAAGGAAACGCGAAGCCAUCCAGCAGUGGUCGUGCAGCAGCUUUGAUCUCGAAAGAUGGAACUGUGGGUUUUGUUGGGUUUGGAGGACUGCAGGGUAGUCCAGGUGCAAGUAACCUUGGUUAUGUUCCAAUGAGUGCUGGUGUAAGCGAGGAUGUUGAUGCAUCUGUCGAUGGAGAAUUUAGGAUGGUGAUGAGAAAAUUGAUGAAACGAGACUCAGUUACAAAACUGAAGGCUGUACAAGAAUUCACUGAGUUAUGCAAGAAUUUGACUGUUGAGGCUGUGGAAAGUGCUUUGCCAUUCUGGCCAAGACUGUUUAACAAAUUGGCUUUGGAUGUUGAUCAUAAAGUGCGAGAAGCAACUCAACAAGCCAUGGAGCAACUGGUUCUCAGAGUUGGUCGUAACCUUGCUCCUCAUUUGCGUUAUAUUAUUGGUCCUUGGCUGUGUACACAGUUUGAUACCUAUGCAGUCGUUGCAUCAUCGGCAAGGAAGUCAUUCCAUGCAGCAUUCUCAGAGGAAAAACAAACUGAUGUCAUCAUGUUUUGUAGAAAGGAGUUAUUUGAGUUCUUUCAAGACAAUAUAUUAACUCAGACUUCUUCCACCCUCUCUGACCCAAAAUUUGUUUCUGAAGAAGAAAGAGAGGCAAAAUAUAACAGAGUGCUCUCAUCCUCCAUCUUGGGGCUUGGACAUCUGAUGAAUGUUACAUCACAGAGGGACACUACAGAUAUGGUGGACCUUUAUCUUAAUGUUCUGCGGCAAAACAAGUUUUGGAAGUAUGCCAGGCACAAGUCCCCACAUGUCCGAGCUGCUGUAUUUUCCACUGUCAGCAUUGCCUGUGAGGUGCACCCUUCUAUGAUGAUAUCCAUCAGCUCCCAGGUCUCUCCAGCUGUUUUAUCGGCACUGGAUGAUUCUGAUCCUGUAGUCUGUCAACAACUGUGGAAUGCUGUUUUAUCUUUGCUCACGAAUAUCACAGACUGCUGGAUCCAAGUGAAAGCCCGCAAAGCUGUUUUGCCUAAGCUCUGGUCUGUCUUGAAAAAUGGUGGCAAUGGUUGUGCUACCAUGAUCUUUCCUAAUUUACUUCCAUUCUUGAGCAAACUACCUUCAGAGGUUAUUGGUAGUGGAGUGGGCUUCUAUCGGGAAUUCUUUACAAAUAUUCAAGAAGGCCUGACAAAAGAGCGUGUGCAAAAUAGCCCCAGUGAGUGUUCAGCAAUAAUUGCAGCAUUCAUGGAGUGUCUGAAAUUUUGUCUUUUACAUGAAUUUGAAGAUGGAUCAAACUUGGACAUCCAUCAAUAUUUGAUCAAAGAGCAGCUGUUGUCUUUGUUGAAAGAAUCAUUGGAAAAGCAUUACAAACUGAUGUAUGACAGUCUUUAUCCUCAUGUGGCUGAUCUGCUUUCAUAUCUGUCUGUCAAAGUGGAAAGUGAUUCCAAAACAGGAAGGAACGAAGAGGAGGAGAAAUCACUGCAAAAAUUCUGCCACAUGUUGAGAUGGUUUUGGGAGGGUUUCAGUUCAAUCUGCUUAGAAAAUCUCAAGUCUGGCUCUGGAAAAGUGGCAGUUGAAGACGUAGUUAAUUCUGUGUGUCACUGUUUGGUCACUCUGAAAUUUCCCACCAAGAAGAAGAAGAAGAAAAAACAGCACAGAGUGGCAUUUAUGGAACUAUCAUCAUCUGAACAAGUUGAUUCAGCUGAGACUGAUCAAUGUUCGUCAAUUCAAAGUGAUUUUAUAGCAACAUCUGUCAAUGUGGAGAAACUCUACAAAGGCUGUCUUUUAGAUUUGGUUUGCAACAUCUGUACACUGUGUAUGGACGAAAUAGCUCAAAACAAUUCAACAGUGCAUUUGAAACUUCUUUCUUCCCUUAUUCCCCACUUUACAUCAACAAAACUUGUCAAAUUUUUGCUUGAAAACUCCCAAGGACAACCUACAACUCUAUUAACCUUUGAAAAUGACAAUUACUGCAUUUUGUGUGAGAAUUUCCUUCAUCAUACUUUGUUUCCUUGGAUCAAGUCCUCCUUGCCUGGGAAUGAAAAUGACAGUUCUGUUUUCAAGGACAGCAGAUCUGUUGACUACCUCAUCAGUAUUUUAUGUGGCAUCAUAACAGCUUUACCACUUGUGAAGCAAGUGGAAUUCGUGUCAGAAUCCCUUCAGCAAAACAACUCCAUCUUUUUUCUGUACAAAAUUCUCGAAAAGGGACUCCGCGCUGGGGUUCGUGGCGUUGAAAGUUGGCUCCAAAACAAUGAAGGAAAAGAAAAACUUCUUGACCUGUCUAGUAGUUUGAUUCCUCGAGAUGGACGUGCGUCUUGUCUUUCUAAGGAAGAGCGAGUGGUUGUAUGGCGUCUCCUUAAGUUGUGCGUUGUUACAAGUCGAAAGGUUGUCUUGCUGGGAAAUGAACUAGUGGACCAAAUUUGUCAACAUUUUCUCAGGACUCUUAAACAGUCAAAACAGGAAAAUGAGGCAGAAUUGUUGAUGUUGCUUGACAUUUUACAGUUGUUUCUCACCAAUUGCGAAAAUAAUCUGGAUAAGAUUGUGCCUUGUACAGAGGAGCUUCUCCUAGCUAUCUUUCAGCGACAAUUAGAAGACAUGCCGUCUGCGGACACAGUGGUUGCUAGUUCCUCUGCUGGAGAGAAAAAUUCUUAUCUCAUCGGAUGUUCACGACUUGUGCGACGAAAGUGAAAAUGUUCAGUCCACGCUCACAAAUCACCAGAAAGUGAUCGUGUUUUCGUCGACACUGAUUGUUAAGACGCUUUCGAAUUCCGAUGAGACAUCGAGCCGAACGAGUGACGUCAUAACAACGGAAAGUUUAAUCUGCUUGUGGUUGGAGACGAGCUGGGUCCGACAUUGGUGUACGUGUGUCUUGGGAAGUAGUGACGUCACUGAGGAACUUGUUGCGUUUAGAAACAACCGUGACCAAAUUAUGGCUAAUGUUCUCGUGAAUCUAAACCACUCAAGUAGCCGUCUUCUGCAACAAAUAAAGGAGAACCAGUGGAGUGGAUCUCUUAUUUCAGAAGCCCUCAGGCGUUCAAGAAGCGAGGGUUUUUUGUGGUGUCUUGUUUUGGAUGGCGUGUUAAGAGACCUUCGGCAGCUUGGUGUGCCUAGCGAUAUUGCAGUCCUGUUGGCCGAGGUUCAAUCUUUGGCAUCAUUAGAAGAAAAACAAUGCCAGACUUUGAACACUUUAUUAUCUCAUGUGGAUGGGAUAUAUGAGCUAAAAGUCACCCCUGAACAGUUUAUCGCCCUCAUGCUCGAAGAUAGCGAUGAGAAUGGUUUUGCCCGUAUCUUCGCAAUUAUCGAUGGUGCUCUCCACCAGUGGCUUCAACAAACCAAAGGAGUGGAAGAAGCAGUGCUCGAGUAUCAGCUGACGAUAACUGAGACUUUGGACGAGCUGGUAGAGUGGAACAAGACACACGACAACCUUGUACUCGUAAACAGUCCUCUGCACGAUGCAUCCACCAGUGUUCUGACCAUCAACUUGUCGCUCAUCAGGAUUCUUGAAAAGGCUCUGCUGCAUUGUUCUGAUAAGAUCAGUGGCAAGCACUGGGAUUUUAUACUGUGUACCUUGGCUGGCUGGUUGCAGACUUGUGAGGAAAAUCGCCCCAUCCUGACAACGUCGCUGAAAUGUGUGGCCCUAUGCUGCCAAGUGAGUGGGUUGAUCCUUGUUUUAAUCGAAGAAAAAGAUACGGUGACAAAAGAAAAAGGACAAGAGAGCUGCAAGGUCCGCUGUAAGCUCACCCUUUAGUCGUUUAUGUUUUAGUAACCCCACUGGAGAGAAAGAGAGGUUCGCGGGCGCACCGAAACAUGAACGGCUGUAGACUAGGCCUAGGAUCGCAAACGCUUGGCAUUCAAAUCCAGAUCUAAAGUAUUCGCAGGGACCAAUGACAACAAAGGAAAAUACCUCUAAGAACCAAUGAAAACUGAAAGCAAAACAAGAAGAAUGUCUGAAGCGCAUGUAAACGAGAGUACCAUGACGCGACCGGCUUGAUUCUGUGUCCGACUGGUUGAGAGGCUGGUGCGCAGGCUUUUUUAGACCAAUCACAGAGCGAAGGAAAGUAAAGCCAAUCGCAGGUUACUUUCGACAAUCAAUUGAAAAAUGCUCCUUUAAUUUCAUCAAAAUUAUCUUCCUUGA